AAAGAAAUCCGGAAUUUUCCCCCAUCCCAUCUGUAAUUGCAGUUCUGAUUGCAUCAGGCCUUUUGAAUGGCUUAACACAAUUUCACAUUCUGCUGUAAGAAUGAAUGGCGAAGUGAGCAGCACACGUUCCGCCAUCGAUCAAUGUGAGGACUUACUAUCGCAAUGGAGAGUAGAGCGGAACACACCUUCCUUCGAUCCUGUCCCCAUAUUAACAGGCCUUUCUGAUUUGUUGGAGGAGCAAGUGAACAUAUUUUUCAGCACCGAUCCUGAUCCCUUCGAUGAUCGUCAUCCUCUACGAACCGAUUCAAGCUGCGACCUCGGGCAGAUGCUCCGACUUCUGUCCAGCAAUGAAUCAUUCCUGGAAAGAAUCACUUAUGUCUACCUCGUUGGAUCUAGCAAUCCGGCCGAUCGUUUAGUCGUUGCGGCGUCGCGUUUGCUCUGCGCCAUGCGCCUAGGAGUGACUUUAUCGUUCACACUGGACGAAGACGACACAACUAUUCAAACACUGUAUCGUUUAGCCAUAUCAGAGUCCGAACCGGUAAACUGCUAUGCUUUGUUUCUGUUAGGAUCGAUUCUGGACAAUACCGAGUUGUUGUACAUCACCCGCCAAAAGAACAUGCAGCUGAUUCCUUUGGUUGUUCAUCGACUGGUCGUCUACACCGAUCAACUGAAACAACAACUAACCUCAAUGACUUCACUCAGAUGGGAUAUCGGCUUGAAUGACUUUCUCGGGACUUUCCGUCUCCUUGAGCUCACUACAGAAAUGAAGAUAAGACUCUCAAUCGCUUAUCUACAACCGGUCGCUGAAUACCAAGAUUUGAUGCCGUUCAUGUACAAUGCUGGUAUUCUGGACCUGAUCUAUAUAUGGGUUUCACCCAGCGUUGCGGCCCGCGAUAUUCGACUCACUUUCGAAGCCCUUCGACUGCUGGGUAACCUGAUGUGUCACCGGUGCGUUUAUCUAGAAUUCGUGGAGAAAAAUGGAUUGCAGGCAGUGUUACAGGUGCCUCGACCAUCUGUUGCAGCGACUGCCGUCAGCAUCGUUCUCUACUACACCGCCUACUUCGAAGAUGCAAUGGAGCGAGUCUGCCAAUUGCCUUCCGCUGUCUUGUUGGACAUGAUGAAGUACGCCCUCUGGCUGAUCGAAUGCUCCCAUCCAUCGGCCCGCUGCUAUUCGCUGUUCUUCAUGAACUUGGUUUUGUGCUAUGGAGUCACGUUCGAACUUUUCGAAUCACAAAACGGACUUCUUUACCUGUACAAUGCUAUUUGUGUAUUGCCUCUCCGUCUGACGGAGGAUCAUCCGCCUUCAGUGAAAGACACCACUUCAUGGCAUGUGGUUCGAGCCAGUCUGUGCGCGAUCAGACGUUUUCUGGAAAUCAACCUGCUACUAUGGAUCGACCAGAUCGAUCCCACUUUGGCGAAUCUGUUCGAUGAACCACCCCGUUCUGUGGCCGCCGCUAGAUGUAGGCCUAUCACCUACUCGACCGAACAACUGUCCCGUCUCAUGUCUUUGGUCAUUGCUCGCAUUCGCCCGGACACCGUGUGGGCGCCAAUACAACAGCUAAGAGAUUGUGGAGGAAUACACGUACUGUACCGCAUCAUUGCACGCAAUGUCUACGCGCACAACAGUUGGCCUUGCCGCAACGAAUGUACCCGCCUGGCUGUAGACAUUCUCAACCUGAUGUCAAUCACCUACGACUUGGCUGAUGAAAUAGCUAGCACUGAUGUUUACUCAUUCCCCGAUGGAUUGAAUUUUCCGUCCGCCGGGUUCCUCGGUUCAUCUCCCAUGUUUCCGUCCUUGGCCCCCGCGGCUGACAGCCCGCGGUCCGGUUCAGGGUCGAUGGACGUUACGGUUCACCUUCCGUCCCCUAACGGGCCCACCGUUGGCGGUGCCAACAGACAUGAACGCCGCGGCCUGAUCAACCAACUGCUGGAUAUUGUCGAACAAGUCGGAGUCGAAUCGUUGGGUCAUGGUAGGGGUUCUCGUACACGUCGAAGGCGAAAUACUGCUGCUUCCAACGAAGCUGCCGGUGAAUUAUCUGCUGCUGACGCAGAUCAAGGAGAAGCAAUGGAUGGCGAUGACCGACGCGAAGUCACGGAGACAUCACCGGAUGAACGUGUCAAUGGUUUACAUAUGUUGUUCAGCAUCUCCCGAGAAGAUGACGGUUGGGAUGUCGGGGUGCAUAAAUCGAUUCUGGCGUUUGUCUGCACUCUUGUUUACCGGCCAAUCGUGGAACACGAACACCCAGAUAAUCCCAUACCCGUGACCCGGGUGCUGGCAGAGUUGGCGAGCGGCGCCUCCUCCAUUGGCAAUCUCGCAAACAUUACCUCAUCUCCUCCGCAGACACGUCUAGGUCGUUCAUCGCCCACCUCAUUCAAGACCCCUCACCGAGUCCCUCCGAGUGCUUCCGCUCGCCCCAACCGCAAACGUAGAUUGGACGGCUCACCGACGAACCCAUCUGGCGCGAAACCUUUGCAUACCGUCUGUCAGAAUGGGUUCCAGAGAAUCAACAAUGAGUGCAACACACUUCCCACAUUGGGUCAUCAAAAGUCAAUGCAACUGCUCUACCGUCAAUCACACUUGUGGAAUAUUGUACGGCGUCAGCACGGGAUUAUGGCGUUGUUGUUUCACUUGGAAACCAAGCAGCCAAUUUCGGAUGCCGAUAGUGUUCGCACACUAGCUUGCCGUGGGCUAGUUGGUUUGGCCCGAUCGGACGAAGUGCGUAGCAUGUUGGCAAAAAUGCCACUAUUCACCAAAGCGUUGUUGCAGCUGCUCAUGAAAGAACCAGUGCUGCCAGAUCGGCUGACGGAGCACGCCGAAUUUUGUCGCUACGCCACCAUGCUCAUUCGCCUGGUCGUAGGCACACUGUCUGAUAGCGUUCUCUCAGGGGACGUGUCUCUGGAACGUGUGCGGCGUGCGGAAAUUGUGGCAAAAACUCGUAUUCAAUGGGAUCAAGAAGAGUUGCUUGAACUGAUCUACCGACAUUUGCAGUCCAAAGGUCUGCAUGCAACUGCCGAAUCUUUACAGAAAGAGGCGCGUCUGAAGAUCGUUCACAACACUCCCAGUCAGCUUCCGUUGUACGACGACUUCAGUCGCCCCCCUGGGGAAACGCCUCCUUACCAGCCGAAUCCUGGCUGCAUUCCCAUGGAUAUCACACCCGCAGCCUCGAUCACCAACGCAGCCGCUCAGCCAGUGACAUCUGAGUGCAGCAAAACGGUUCGUGAUGCGCACCCCGUAGACACCACUGGAUUGGCUGGUGAGACGCCUGUGGACACACCGGUGACACCAAACCUUCGUUUAGUUAAAGUUCGUCCUCCGACCUCCUCGACCCAAACUCCAAAGGCAUGUCGUGAUCGUUUUGAGCGACCUAGUAUUCCGAACUUGUACUUGAAACCGAUCUCAACCCAACCUACACCAGAGAUGACAUUGUCGAAAGUGGUCGAAUCCUUUCUCCUGCAUCAGCACGCUCAGUGUCCACACCCCGUAUCAAUGUGUCCCAAGUUCUCGCUUCAUCAUCCACAUCGAUGCCCAGAGCCCCGCGUUAACAAACAGAGCAACUUUUGUCAGCGCUUACUCGCACGUGAAAUCAUGUAUGGGUCUUUGAGACUUCGCCCGUCACGCAGGGAAGAUCGGCACUUUUUGCACCGGAGAUUCCAAGCCACUGCAGUGAUCCGCGAGGCUGAAGACGAUUUACUUACUGCCUCCUGCUUCUCGCUCACCGACGAUGGUCUGUUUCUCGGAACAACCUCUGGAGCAAUCGCGUGGGUCAACGUGGAGGAGGACGGUAUGCCUGUAGAGCUAUCGCACUUCCAAACUUCGACCAUUCGCCGUCUCGCUCACACAAGAGAUGGAGAACGGUUGCUGGUAUGCUGCGAGUGGGGCGAGCCAGCCACAGUGGUCGCCCGUCUGCGACCCUCUAGCGGGACCGGAUCCAGCAACAACAGCCCCUGGGAGACGAUAUCCGAUGAUUUCGUAUUUCACGUGUCAGAGGCGCGUUACGCGGAGUUCAGCAACACAGGUACACAGGAUCGUAUCGUCGCCACACAUGGGAAAAUGGCAAAGGUGUUCGACCUCAGAACAGGAGCCCGCAUCGCGGAUCUAUUCUCGGCUGCCAAACAAAGCGGUUACAUGCUAAACAAGGCCACUUUCUCCCCUUGUGACCAGCUAGUCCUCAACGAUGGUGUUGUUUGGGACCUACGCUGUUGCGCUGGCACUUCAUCGUACAGAAGCAACGGUCUGAUUCAACCAGGAUCCCUAUACGCACCAGUGCACAAGAUUGACAAACUACAAAACCUUGUAUCCGGUGUGUUUCAUCCCAAUGGGUUAGAGAUCAUUGUGGGAUCCGCGGUGUGGGAUGUGCGAACAUGGCGCCUCCUUCACACCAUCCAGGCUUUGGACCGUUUGGAGAUACAAUUCAACGCCACGAAGGAUGUCAUUUAUGCUGGUGAGCCGUAGUUCUUUCCACAAGAGUUCACCACAAUAUUUUGAGUUAACCGAUUCUUGUCUAUUCCUUGAAUUGCAGGCAAUUUCGGGUGGGAUGACGACGAGUAUGCUGAGCUUGGCAGCAAGCGAGUGGUGAUGCAGAACAUGUUCCGCACUAUCGAUGCACUCGAUUACAGCCUUAUCGCUUCUGUGGACGUUCGACAUCGUAUAGAGCAACUCUCUUUGGACACAACUGGUCAGUCACUGGCGCUGAUUGAGAAAGUGGGCGAGAACGGAAGCAACGAACCCAUAACUCAGUGUCGAAUUUACCUUGUCGGACGCAAAAGGGGCGAGCGGGAGCCAGACAAUGAAGAUGAAGAGCCCCGUGAGGAAGAUGACGACGACGACGAGGAUGAUGACGAUGACGAUAAUGAGGACGAUGAUGACGACCUGCUUAACGCCGAAACUGCGGAUGAGCUGGCUCAAAUAUUGGAUGGGUCUUCAGGCAAUGAAGACACAUCGAGUAUGUCAGAAUCAAGCAGCUGGACUGCGUCUAGCGCCGACUCUCCAGAGCGAGUCCCGAGACGCCGUUCACGUCGAUUGCAAAGCCGAUCGCAUACCUUACAGCGCUCCGUAGAGCGGCUCUCUGGCGUAGACGCAACAGAUGUUCCCACAGCGAGAGAUAACGAAGCCGGCGGCGUAAACUCAGAUUCUUCCUGGGAAACAAUGGAAGAGGAGGAGAUUUCGGAUUCGUCGUUGCCCACAGAGGACGAGUGAUUCGCGUUCUCAUUGUGGUUCAUAUUUCACCUUCGUUUUGACGUCGUUCCUUCACAAAUAUCCUUUGUAAAUUACUGCAGGCUUUUGUCACUCCCUUGUAAAGAGAUCACUUUUUUCACAAUCAACGAUGACCAGUU